AUGGUAGAGGAUAAAACAGAAUUGCUCAAGACACCCCUACAUGGAGUGUAUAUCCCCUGUGCGCUCAUCGUGUUUGGGGUUGCAAUCCAUGACUACCACUUCAUCCCCCAUACCCUACUGGUUUUGGGGUUGUUUGUUGGUAUUCGUCUAUUAAUAGCCUACAACAAACGUGCUUCAAUACAAAGUGAUAAAUGGAAUGAUUUUGAGCUAAUAGAUAAAACUGUCGUCUCCAAAAAUUCUGCUAUAUAUCGAUUCAAGCUGUACAGAGACGAGGAAAUUUUGGACAUACCUGUUGGCCACCAUCUAGCCUGUCAAAUCAAUGUUGAUGGUAAAAAUGAAGUGAGAUACUACACCCCCAUUUCCUCCCAAUUUGACCAAGGGUUCUUUGAUAUCCUGGUGAAAUCUUACAAGGAUGGUUCCGUUUCCAAAGCCUUUGCCUCGUUGAAUCAAGGGCAAACUGUCAAGUUUAAAGGCCCCGUUGGAAGAAUGUCCUACAAGAAUAACAUGGCUUCAGAGAUAGGUAUGAUUGCUGGGGGGUCGGGUAUCACUCCUAUUCUCCAAGUUUUGAGCUACAUAACUACUACUCCUGAAGAUACCACUAGAAUCAAUUUGUUGUUCGCAAAUGAGUACGAGAACGACAUAUUACUACGUGACGAAAUUGACGAAUUGGCCCGCAUAUACCCAUUCUUUGACGUUCAUUACACCCUUACUCAUCCUCCUGAGAACUGGGAUGGUGAUGUCGGAUAUGUCACCAAAGAAAUGAUCGAAAAGUACCUCCCUCCCCCCACGAAAACCUCCAAAAUUUUCAUCUCUGGUCCAUUAGAAAUGAAGAAGCUUUGUCUGGAACUGACAGAGGAACUUGGAUUUGAUAAAGGAAAGUUGAACUCUGACCAAAAUGACCAGGUGUUUUGUUUCUAA